ACACAAACGUUGGCAAUGAGCUCCCAUAGAAAAAAACCAUUCAGCGCAAAGCAAAAAAAGAAGCAAUUGCAAGAGCGUAAGCAGCGAAAGGCUGCCUCUGCGAAACUCGGAUCUAUCGACCUACUGUGGUGGAUCCUUCGCAGAAUUUUGUUCCAAGACAAAGACUAGAUCGAGAAAGCGACCCUGCAGUUGCCGGAAAACCCAUGAAGCAAUUCGUACCAGCUCAAACAAGUGCUGGAACAUCCAGGCUGAGAUCCGUUUUCGAGAAACUAUCGACAGAAGUCGUUGAGCGUGCACGCCUUGCUAGUAUGAAACCACUUCAGCGCUUACCUCAAACCGCUCUUGAAGUAGGCAUCACAUCAGACGACAAACUGAUUGAUUUUCCGAAGCGCCCAAAAUGGAAUUAUGGCAUGACGAAAGAGCAGCUGGAGCAAAACGAGAAAGACGAAUUUGAAAAGUGGCUUAACGACAUUUAUGAGCGAUAUGGAGAUCACGUACAGGAGACAAGCGAUGGAGAGCAAGAAGAGCUGAGUUGGUUUGAGCACAACUUAGAAGUCUGGCGACAGCUUUGGCGUGUUUUGGAAAUAAGCGAUAUAAUCCUCAUCAUUGUUGAUAUUCGACAUCCAGUAUUGCAUUUACCAACCACUCUUUACCGAUAUGUAACCGAAGAACUGGGUCGGAAAGUUGUCUGUGUAUUUAACAAGAUUGAUCUCGUAGCUGAAAAAACAGUUUACGCAUGGCGAAAAUAUUUCGAAGAGGUCUAUCCUGAAUUACAUAUUGCCACUUUCAGCUGCUUCCCACGAGACGAAAAUCUUAUAGACGACACCUCCACCUAUGUCUUGAAAACUCGCUUAAAGCGACCCCGUAAAAGAGGUUAUCGUGCAACUGGCGUUCGUGACGUUUUAAUAGCGUGCAAAGAUGUUCAUUUAGAUAAACAAGGCGUGACAGUCGACUGGAACACUUUGAUAAAAAAUUACGACGACGAAUCAGAGCUGCCCGUCGAUGGGACUCACCUUGAGGAUAUCAAUGAUUCGGAUGAUGAUAGCGAAACAGGAAGCAUGGAUGGCUUGGAUGAUGAGUUCAGUGGAAUAUUGAAUGUUACGGACCAUGAAGUCACUCCUCACAAAGACUAUGUCACCAUUGGACUCGUUGGCCAUCCUAAUGUUGGAAAGAGCAGCUUGAUAAAUUCUAUAAUGGGUCGGACUGUGGUUAGUGCAAGUCGUACUCCAGGCCACACGAAGCAUUUCCAAACCAUUCACUUGACUGGAAAUGUUCGGCUUUGCGACAGCCCUGGCCUUGUGUUCCCCAGUCUCUUACCUAAACCACUACAGAUUUUAAGCGGAAUGUACCCCAUUGCCCAAGUUCAAGAGCCAUAUAGUACCAUACAGUACCUUGCGGAACGAAUUCCACUUGAAAAAAUACUUCGUCUAUCUCCACCGGAUGGAGACAAAAACCACUCUUGGUCAGCAUGGGAUAUAUGUGAGGAGUUUGCCAAAGAUCGAGGUUUUUAUACCGCAAAAGCAGCUAGACCGGAUGUGUACAGAGCUGCCAACACCCUUUUACGUUUAUCUAAUGACGGUCGUAUACUAUUAUCGUUCAAGCCGCCAGGUUUCUUCACCACCACUAAAUACGAACUUAUGAAAUUACGAGAGAUUGAAGCGCAAGAGAAUGAAGAGGAUGAAACAGAGGACGAAAGCAGCGACGACGAGAGUGAAGAAGAUGAUGGUGCUCCUGUAAAAAUCACCAAUAUAUUUGAAGCGCUUGAAAAUGCGUAAAUGCCGUCUCUUAUAUUAAAAGCCAAAUAAAAGUUGAAAAAUGCUCAGUUUUUCUCAUUUCCACUUUUUCAAA